AUCUCUCUCUCUCUCUCUCUCUCUCUCUCCAUUCUCCAUUCUCCAUACAAGGCCUUCACGAAGUUGAGUGAUAAAAAAUGGCGAGGCGUCGUUGAUUAUGGGUUCUCCUAAGUUGGUGUCAUUGCAAGGGCGCGACGUUGGUGUGGCAUGCCGUUGCAGGACCAGCAGAAUGCAGGCCUUCUUCCUAAUUGUUUCGCUUUUCCUUCAUCUUCUUGCUGCUCAAUCUGAUGUCCUUUCUGAGCGACAAUCCGUCGGAGGAACACCCAAUUCGAGAAGCGUCGUGGAGGUUCGAGGAGACCCAAGCGGAGUCGUGUGGGUUGUUCAGCUUUCCGAUCUCCACUUCAGCGUCCACCACCCAGAAAGAGCCGCGGAUUUCUCGAGAAUAGUUGGUCCUGCUCUUGCCUCGAUCAACCCUUCUCUAGUUCUGAUAACCGGCGAUCUCACAGAUGGAAAAAGCAAAGAUCUGUUGACCAUGAAACAAGAUGAGAGAGAGUGGGUGGAGUAUGAUAAGGUGAUGAAUGAAGUUAUAACAAAUAGUGGACUUCCAAGAGAGAUCUUCUAUGAUUUGAGAGGGAAUCAUGACAAUUUUGGUGUACCUAUACUUGGUGGAAAGUACGACUUCUUUAAUAAAUAUAGCAUCAGUGCAGGCCUAAAUCGAAGUGCAAAAGUUCAAAGUGUUACUCUGCAGAGCAGUGGAUGGAAGCAUUUAUUUGUUGGGAUUGAUAGCACAAUGGAUGUUGGUAUUCGUGGCCCAACAAAUGUUUUUGGCCAUCCAACAGACCAGCUACUAGCAGAUAUUGAGGCAGAACUUUCACAAUGGGAUGCCAAAUCCACAAAUUCAGUGAAUAAGAUUGCAUUUGGCCACUUCCCUCUCUCAUUCUUGGCAGCUACAGAGUCCAAGAAGACACUCAAGGACAUUUUCCUGAAGCAUUCCUUGUUAGUUUACCUUUGUGGCCAUUUGCAUACUAAGUUUGGGAAGAAUUUGAAGCGGAACCAUCGACAAGCAGAUGUGCUAGAUAAAUAUUUUCAAUUUAAUGGUCAGCGACAAACACCAGAAGAUUUAGUGGAUGGGAAUUGUUCCAGUAAAUCUGUAAAAGCAAAAGAAUUUUGGGAAUGGGAAAUGGGAGACUGGAGAAAGAAUAGAAUGAUGCGCAUCUUAGCCAUCGACCAAGGCCAUAUUUCUUUUGUUGAUAUUGAUUACAAAUUUGAGGCCAAGAAAACAAUUGUUUUGCCUACAUUUCCACUUGAUUCACGGUCCAUGCAGAAAAUUUCCAUGUUCCAUGACUAUAAUUGCCAAACCAUUGAUAUCUCAUCCUAUGAGACUAUAAGAGCAUUAGUAUUUUCAGAGGUUGAUAUCGUGAUGGUUGUUGUCAAAAUUUAUGAUUCUAGGUCUGGAGAACUCAAUUUGAUAAUGGCAGAAAAGAUGAAAAAGGUUACCAACAUGAAGUCAAGAGGGAGCCUGUAUACCAUUCCAUGGAAUUGGAAGGCAUUUGCAGACCCAUCACCAGUUCGAUAUUGGUUGCAAAUCGAAGCAAUUGAUUCCUUAGGUAGUUCUAGUUUUAGCCAAUUAAAGCCAUUCUCCAUAAAUGGCCGAGCUGCUAAACUCAGUUGGAAAUGGAAGGAGUUUUGGGUCAUGGGUUGUUCACAUGACUCCUUAUAUUAUCCUUUAUUCUGGUCUAUCACUGGAUUUUUAUUGGCCCUGCUUCUCUUUCCAAGAGUCCUUUCCACAUGUGCAAAGGAGAAUCACAAAUCUCAGGUCUUUGAACGAACCUUCUCUGUUGGGAAGAUCUUGAGAUGCCUUGUGAAUUAUGCGCUCUGUAUUUUGCUAGAGCUUUCGAGGAUCAUAUCCUUGUGGCUUGCCUUGUUAAUUUAUUUAGUGUAUCUGAUAUAUUUUCCUUGGUUCCGUGGGAGAGCUUUCUCGGAUGACAGCAUCUCUGGAUACAUGAGUCGCACUGGUUGGACUGUCAAGAUUCCAGGAACAACAACAAAGCAGUCAUAUAUUGGUGUACCUGAUGUGGUAGCUAUUGUUUUACCACACCUUUGCUUUGUGCUGUUGCCAACAGUUUUAGUUGCAUCUGCUUUGGCUGCAGAAAAGGUGGCAUACCAUGUCCAUUCUCUAUCUUUAUAUGGAAAGAAAAAUGAAGAUGAUAAAUCAGAUCAAACGAGCCAUCACAGCAACCAUCAUGUAGGACAGGGUACCUCAAAAAUGCCUCAGUUGGGAUUGUUAGAUAAAAAUACUACUUUUUGCAGUUUCUUUUGCUAUGCCCGUAGAAGAUGGAUCAGGAAGAUUUUACUUGCAGUGUGCUGCAUAAUUUUAUGGUGGCAUCAUAAGUACUGCAACGUUAUCAUCAAAGCCUAUGACUCAAAUCCUUUUCUGGAUGCUGCAAUUUAUUGCUGGUCUGUGCCACUUUUGCUGGCCUUCGCUGUUUACAGGACCUCAGGAGUUUAGCAUCUAUGGGGGUUGAACAAUAAGCAAGUUUACCUCCUGUGAAGGAAGUGCCCCUUGUAAUGGUGUGAUUGAUUUAGCAAGUACCAGGCCAAGAGGUCUGCAGGUUGUUAUUGAAGAAAAAAGAAGACAAAUUUUGCUGGUACCAUGGAUUUGUUGUAACAACAAAAUUUUCAGUUCUGGAAAACCGUACAAUGACAUGUCCCUUAUAUCAUCCUAAAUGUACCUAAACCUACUUGUACUGACAUUUAGAGCAAGCAUUUAUGUGAAACAGUUCCUAUACCGUUCA